CGCCAGCAUUGAAUGUAUCUAGACAGAAGAGUCACUCGCACCUACUCACUAUCUGUCUCUUUUCGCAACAGAAUAUGGCAGAAGUUCCCGAGACUCACGUUCUGGCGGUCGCCAGUCAUGUAGCAUAUGGCUAUGUAGGUAACACCAUGGCCACGUUUGUCAUGCAAGCGCUCGGCUGCGAGGUGUCGGCCAUCAACACGGUUCAAUUCAGCAAUCACACAGGAUACAAGCAGUUCAAGGGCCGCAAGACGCCUGCUGAAGAAGUCGCCGAACUAUACGAGGGUCUGAAGCAGUCGCGCCUUAAUGACUUUGACGUCUUGCUGUCUGGCUACUGUCCGAGUGCCGGUGUCGUGCAGCAAGUCGGCAAGAUAGCACGAGAGACCAGAUUCGCAUCGACGACAAAGCCUGGAGCCUUCUUCUGGGUGCUGGACCCCGUCAUGGGCGACGAAGGAAAGAUCUAUGUUAGCGAGGAAGUGGUCCCGGCAUACAAGAGCUUGCUGAGAGAUGCAGAUCUCAUUCUGCCCAACCAGUUCGAAGCAGAGCUUCUCUCGGGUGUCACCAUCACAGACUUCAAGUCUCUCGCCGAGGCUAUUCGCGUCCUCCAUCGCACUCACCGCGUUCCCCACAUCAUCAUCACGUCCGUCCGCCUGCCGCACGACAAUGAGACUGGAGAAGAAGCCGAGCUCUCGAUUGUGGGAUCCACAGCUGAUUCUGACUUCAACCCACGUCUGUUCCGCCUGAAAGUGCCUGCUUUCCCAGUCUUCUUCUCUGGCACAGGAGACAUGUUUGCCGCACUGAUGGUCGCACGACUACGUGAAGCGUGUCUUGCUGCAGAUCUUCUGACCACAGCACAUUGGCAAUCGCCAGACAAGGUCGAGGCGGUCGAACUUCCUCUGGCAAAGGCUGCGGAGAAGGUACUGGCGAGUAUGCAUUUGGUGCUUAAGAAGACCAUGGACUCAAGACAAGAAGAAUUGAAGAAGAUGGAGGCCUCUCAAGAUUUCAACACAGGCAUUGGCGAAGAGGCGGACAAGGACAACGAGCGUGACAGAUACCUGCGUCUCACAAAAGCGGCCGAAGUCAGAGUCGUCAGGAAUUGGAAGGACUUGGUCUAUCCUCCCGACAUCGAGGCCUUCAAGGCACAUGCUGCCAAUGUCGAGCUUGAUCCCGAUGUGUCUGUCAAGCCGGACGAGCUUGGGGUGGUCAACAUGGGCACUGGAGGAGAAAUCGGACAAGGUGCUGUGCAUCAAACUUGAGCUUGAAGAUUCUACUCUGCUUUUUCCUGUCGUGGCCGUCUCGCAUUACAUACCCCUUGUUCCGACAUGAAAUUAUACCAAGCACACCAGCUUUUUCCUUGUACGCCAGUCCCCAUAAACCAGUGGUAAACGCAACACUUGUUUUAGAGGCCGAUGGCAGGCGCGCCUCCGUUGGCAGGAGGGUUGACAGGAGGGACGAUAUUGGCGAAGCCGCCAGUUGAGCCGAAGCCUCCAGCGCCACGGACGCUGUCGGGAAGCUGGUCAACCACAAGCACCUCUGGAGUGUAGAUUCUUUCGACGAUCAGCUGUGC